GUGAGAUUCAAUAUGGCGGCGCCCUGCUGGUGAAACUCUUUCCUGCUUCUUAAAACUGUGCUUAUUUACAACAAACAAACAAACAAACAAAAAUAUCGCCGAAUUUCUUGUGGAGUGGAGAAACCCGGACAUUAUCGUGACUGUUCGUUUGCAUACUAUAUAAUCUAUACUAUAUAAUGGCGGACGAUUGCAAAUCCCAAGAAACAGCUAAACCCGAGAAACAGGAACAGGACGACUCUACAGACACGAGCUCAGUCCAGAGUUACUACUGCUCGCUGUGUGGAAAAGGUUUUUCUAGAAAGGGUCAUCUUAAACAACACCACCUAAUCCAUACAGGAGAAAAACCACAUCAGUGUUCAGAGUGCGGGAAGACAUUUAUCCAAAAAAGCAAUCUUAAAAAGCACCAGCGUGUUCACACCGGAGAGAAGCCUUACGAAUGCUCACAGUGCGGGAAGAGUUUUACACGACAGAGUCCUUUUAAAAACCAUCAGCGCAGUCACACCGGAGAGAAGCCGUAUCACUGCUCACCGUGCGGGAAGAGUUUUACGCUGCAGAGUUCGUUUAAAAGGCACCAACUCAUCCACAACGGAGAGAAGCCGUAUUACUGCACGCAGUGCGGGAAGAGUUUUACACGAUACAGUAAUUUAAAAAGCCACCACCGCGUUCACACCGGGGAGCAGCUGUUUUGUUGCUUGCAGUGCGGGAAGAGUUUUCGAGAGUUGUCUACUUUAAAAAACCACCAGCUCAUUCACACAGGAGAGAGGCCACAUUACUGCUCGCAGUGCGGGAUGAGUUUCCGAGAGCUGAGUCAUUUAAGAACGCACGAGCGCAUUCACACGAGAGAGACGCCGCACUACUGCUCGCAGUGCGGGAUGAGUUUCAGAGAACUGAGUCAUUUAAAAACACAUCAGCGCAUUCACAAAGGAGACAAGCCGCAUUACUGCUCGCAGUGCGGGAUGAGUUUCAGGGAGCUGAGUCAUUUGAAAACGCACCAGCGCAUCCACACCGGCGGGAAGCCAUUUUACUGCUCGCAGUGCGGGAUGAGUUUCAGGGAGCUCAGUCAUUUGAAAACGCACCAGCGCAUCCACACUAAAGAGAAGCCGCAUUACUGCUCGCAGUGCGGGAUGAGUUUCAGAGAGUUGAGUCAUUUGAAAACGCACCAGCGCAUUCACACAGGAGAGAGGCCAUAUCGCUGCUCACAAUGCGGAAAGAGUUUUAAACAACACGGCUCUUUUAAAGCACACCAGCGCAUUCACACAGGAGAGAAGCAGUAACACUUUGGCUCAGUGUGGGAUGAGUUUUAAACAACCUCAAUACUGCACACGUGGUUUUUUUGCUGAAUAGGAAAUGACACUCUGAAUGUGGAUGAUUAAAGAGAGCUGGCACAGUCAGAAGACUAACACCGUAAAAGUAUAAUAAUAAUUUAUAUGUGAACAAAUUCUAUCAUUUAAAUAGUCACUAUUUUCUAUGAGGCACUUGUCGAUGUCACUUUUGUGGAUAUAAAACGUGGUAUGUGGUGUAUAGCGCAUCACUAUUUAACUGCUCACUUACAACUUGUAAUAAAUAACGAGUUAUAGGAUAUAAUUGAACAAAUCUAAUUCUGUUAGCUACAGUAGUUAUUUUUGUUCAUACUGCUUAGAAUAACGUAUGCAAUAAUCGCAAGUUACACAAAAUGUUUCUGUAAUAAAAUAACGUUUGGACGCUUGCACUGUACAAUAA